GAUGAACCGCGCCCUCCACCUUGUGUUUCCCUGGUCUACAGGAGAAGGAGAAGAAGUACAUGCUGCCGCUGGACAACCUGAAGGUCCGCGACGUUGAGAAGAGCUUCAUGUCCAGCAAGCACAUCUUCUCCAUCUUCAACACCGAGUCCAGAAACGUCUACAAGGACAACCGCACCCUGGAACUGGCCUGCGACUCCCAGGAGGACGUGGACAGCUGGAAGUCCUCCCUGCUCCGCGCGGGGGUCUACCCUGAGCGGACCACCAUGGUGGAGAGUGAGAGCUCCACCACCUCGGAGAACUUCUCCAUGGACCCCCAGCUGGAGCGGAAGGUGGAGACGAUCCGCAACCUGGUGGACUCCUACAUGGCCAUCGUCAACAAGUGCAUCCGUGACCUCAUGCCAAAGACCAUCAUGCACCUCAUGAUCAACAACGUGAAGGACUUUAUAAACGCAGAGCUUCUGGCCCAGCUGUACUCGGCCGGGGACCAGAGUGCCCUGAUGGACGAGUCCCAGGAGCAGGGCCAGCGCAGGGACGAGGUGCUGCGGACCCACCACGCCCUGAAGGAGGCCCUGGCCAUCAUAGGAGACAUCUCCACCUCCACCAUCACCACGCCCCUGCCCCCGCCAGUGGACAGCUCCUGGGUGGGGGGCAGCGGCGGCCGCAGGUCGCCUCCUCCGAGCCCCACAGCCUCCAGGAGGAUGUCUUCUGGCCAGCGCCCGGCCCCCCGAGGGGCCCCGCCACCCCCCAACCGCCCGGGGCCCCUUGGACCCUUUAAUAAUGCAGAGAGCCCCCAGGCUCCCAGCCGCCCAAACCGGGCCCCCCCUAGCAUCCCCAGCCGGCGGCCUCCACCCUCCCCAACCAGGCAAGCUCCACCCUAAUCACCAUGGAGACCGUGUCUGCAUAUCGGCUUGGGCCUCCACUCUCCUCCUCAUCCUUCCCUAAUCCCCCUCUCUCUGCCUCCUCUCUCUCAGACAUAUAUAUUGUCACUCUCCUUCUCUCUCAGCCACGUCUAUGGUCUCUCUCCUGCUCCCUCCCUUCCCUGCAGUGCACAAACAAACACACUCUCACAUACCUGCGAACACAUACAAAUACACACACAAAUACACACA